AUGGUUUCUUACAAUUGCAUCGCAACCUUUUCAAUCUUGAUAGGGACAGCUCUAUCAAAGGCCAGCCUUCCACCCAUACCCUCAGAUUCGUCGACGCCAGUCCAGCAACGUCUGUCUCUAGAUGGGCCGAACAGUGUUACGAUAGGAUGGAAUACAUAUUCCAAGCAAAGCAACCCCUGCGUUAAAUAUGGCACUUCAAGAGAGCUGCUUAACCAGGAGGCUUGCUCGGAUACUUCAAUCACCUAUCCUACCUCUCGCACCUGGGCCAAUGCAGUAAAGCUCACUGGUCUAAAGCCAGCAACAACCUACUACUACAAGAUCACCUCGACAAAUUCCUCUGUUGAUGAGUUUUUCAGCCCUCGAACGGCCGGAGACAAGACUUCGUUCUCCAUCAACGCCAUCAUUGACCUGGGUGUUUAUGGCCAAGAUGGAUUCACGAUCAACAUGGACCAGUCCAAACGAGACGUGAUUCCCAACAUACAACCUUCACUGAAUCACACGACGAUUGGUCGUCUUGCGUCUACGGCCGACGACUAUGAGUUUAUCAUCCAUCCAGGUGAUUUGGCCUAUGCCGACGACUGGUUCCUGAAGCCAAAGAACUUGCUUCAUGGAGAGCAGGCUUAUCAAGCCAUCCUUGAGGAAUUCUACAACCAACUUGCGCCCAUCGCUGGUCGAAAGCACUACAUGGUCAGCCCUGGAAAUCAUGAGGCAGCCUGCGAAGAAGUGCCAUUGCUGAAUCUUCUUUGUCCAGAGGGCCAGAAGAACUUUACCGACUUCAUGAACAGAUUCGGUCGCACGAUGCCUCAAGCAUUUGUAUCGACAUCAUCAGAUGACACUGCGAGAGUCAAUGCAAACAAGGCAAAGCAGCUUGCCAACCCACCCUUCUGGUUCUCUUUUGAGUAUGGCAUGGUCCAUGUAGUCAUGAUCGACACCGAGACAGACUUUCCUGACGCCCCCGAUGCACCUGGAGGAUCCGCCAAUCUCAACAGCGGGCCUUUCGGCAGUCCGAAUCAGCAGCUUCAGUUUCUCGAGGCGGAUCUCGCCUCUGUUGACCGAGAGGUCACUCCCUGGGUUGUUGUCGCGGGACAUCGACCAUGGUACACAACGGGCGAUGAAGGAUGCCAGCCGUGCCAAAAAGCAUUCGAGAGCAUUUUCUACAAGUACGGCGUGGAUCUCGGCGUGUUCGGACACGUGCACAACUCCCAAAGGUUUUAUCCUGCAUAUAACGGAACCCUGGACUCUUCGGGAAUGAACAAUCCAAAGGCACCCAUGUACAUUGUUGCUGGAGGCGCGGGAAACAUUGAAGGCUUGAGUAGUGUUGGAAAGAAAACGCCCUUGAAUGCAUUCGCAUAUGCAGACGACUUUAGUUAUGCCACGAUUCGGUUUGUGGAUGCUCAGAAGCUGCAGGUUGACUUCAUCCGCUCCUCAACUGGCGAGGUGUUGGAUCGGUCGCAGCUUAUCAAGUCUCAUAAGGAGCGUUUUGUCAGACAGAGCUGA